GUACGGAUCCCGUACUUACCGCUUGAACUGCUCUGUCUUUACCCCUCACAGAGCUCACCUCAGCUGCAAUUGCCGAUCAGUGAUGCAAGGAACAACAAAAGUCGCAAUACCUACAUGCAAACCACAAUGGCGACGACACGUACGGCCAAGGAUGUGAUUUCAGCUUUGAACCUCUCUCCACAUCCAGAGAAGGGCUAUUACAUCGAGACAUUCCGUGACCCGAAGGCAUCCUCCGACGGUCGCUCGUCAAGCACGCACAUUUACUACCUCCUGGAAGGUGAAGCCGGUGUAUCGCACUGGCACCGAGUGCUCGACGCUGUCGAAGUGUGGCACCACUAUGCCGGCGCACCGCUACAGCUCUCGCUAUCGUGGGACGACGGCGAGCCUGUGCGCGACCUAGUUCUCGGCACCGACCUCUGGAAGGGUGAGAAGCCACAGAUUGUCGUGCAGCGCGGAGAAUGGCAGCAUGCGCAAUGUCUAGGGGACUGGACGCUUGUAGGGUGCUCCGUCGCACCUGCUUUCGAGUUUGAGAGCUUUGAGAUGGCCAAGCCAGGCUGGGAACCCAGGGGUGCGGUCAAGGAAAAGUGAUGUACGUCGAGAGAAGCAGUUGCUUCGAAUGAAGCGAUACAAGAAUCCAGAGUCAUCACCGCGAGCAUCGUGCUGGCUUACCAGAGAGAAGUAUCUUCUGAAUGUUACGACCUAGGUACGCUGAGAUUCAGCCAACAACUCAUGUCCUUAAAUACCAAGACUGGCAUUCAUAAUUGCUUUAGUGUACG